AAUUGACAAUUGAGUCGUUGAUAUACAUUAACAAAGUCUUGAUAAUAUCACUAAGAGAAAGUAUAAGAAAGUAAGUAACAACAUAGCACAAAAGAAAUGACUUUGCAAAAGACUCCGUUGAGAUCAAGAGCAUCAUUCACGGGACCAUUAUCAACACCUGCAUCUCAAGGUACUACUACUAGAUCAAGUUAUACAGAUCUUCGUCCUCCUUCAAGAACAUUCAGAACUGCAUCACCUAGAAUAAUGGCAUCAUCCUCUGGUAGUGUAAAUCAACAGCCACGUUCAAGACCGGGAUCUUCUUUAGGUACUUUUAGUAGUAGACCAUCAACUCCAUCAUUUGUAAGAACUCAAGAACCUUAUACUGGAAGUAUUAUUGUAUCAAUUAGACCAAAUCCUCAUACUUCAAAUACUUCACAGCCAUCACCAUGGGAAAUAGAUAAUUCUUCAAAUACAAUAACAAAUACUAAUGAUUUAAGUAGUUUUAGUUUUGAUAAUGUAUUUGCUCCUGAUAUUCGAUUAACAAAUAAAGAAGUUUAUUAUAAAAGUUGUUCACAUAUAGUAAAUAACUUUAUGAAUAAUGGUUAUAAUGGUACUGUAUUUGCAUAUGGUAUGACAGGUUCAGGAAAAACAUUUUCUAUGAAAGGUGAUGAAUCAGAUCCAGGUUUUGUAGAAUUAGCUAUUGGUGAAAUCUUUAAUAAAAUUGAAAACGAUAACCUUCAUACCGAAUAUGAAGUUUCCAUGAAUUAUUUGGAAAUUUAUAAUGAGAAGAUCAUCGAUUUACUUGAAGCUUCAACAGUUCAGGAUUUAAAAAUAAGAGAUGAUCCAGUUCAUGGAACUAGAAUAGUGGGUAUUUCAAGUCCAAUAAUAAAAUCAAAGGAUCAAAUAUUAGAAUUAAUUCGAAAAGGAGACAACAAUAGGAAAACUAGUGCAACUGACUUUAAUGCUAGAUCAUCAAGAUCUCAUUCUAUUCUUCAAAUUCGAUUGACAACUAUAGAUUUAAUUGAUAAAACAGAGCAACAUGCAACUUUAUCAAUGUGUGAUUUAGCAGGAUCAGAAAGAGCUACAUCAAACUUAGAAAGAAGAAAAGAAGGUGCAUUUAUUAAUAAAUCAUUAUUAGCCUUAUCAACGGUUAUAAGUAAAUUAUCACAAAUGUCUAAUGGGAAUGGAGCUAAUGAACAUAUACCUUAUCGAGAUUCAAAAUUAACUAGAUUAUUACAACCAGCUUUAUCAGGAUCUUCAUUAAUCCUGAUAUUAUGUACAAUUCAUUUGGGCUCAGUUAGUUCAAAUCAACAAUUUACUGCUGAAACUUAUAAUACUUUAAGAUUUGCUGCUCGAGCAAAAGAUAUCCUAAUAUCGGUUGAAAGGAAUACAACAUCUAGAUUGAGUGAUGGAGAUUCGUUAAGAUUAAUUGAAGAAUUAAAGAGAACUAUUGAGAAUCAAAAGAAUGAAAUAAAUAUUCUAAAGCUUAAUGCUAAUAAUGUCCCUGAUUUCCCUAUGACUGAUAAUAGUCGAAUAGCACAAUAUGAGGCAGAGAUUGGAAUAUUAAAUGAGAAGCUUGAACAUUUUACUAGGCUCACAGAUCUACAAAAGACAGAAACUGUAAUAUUAAAGAAUGAUACAAUCAAUGAUAUACUAGGCUCAGGAACUAAUGGACUGCUGAUGUCUAUGGCUAAUUUUGAAGAAUAUUGCAAACGAGUAAAUUACGAAAUUGAAGAGUAUAAGGGAUAUAUAGAGCAUUUGGAAAUGCAAUUGAAGGCUUCAUAUCAAGUGAAUGGUAUCGGAAGACAAGAGAGAUCAAGUAAGGAGAUGUCAGAAAAACACUUUGAAGCUGUAUUACGAGAUCAAGAGGAAGAGAUCUUACAAUUGAAGGAAAUGUUAAAGGACAAAGAUCAUAUUAUUAAGGGAUUAACUAAAACUACUAAAUUACGUCGGUUAGCAGAUUCCAAUGUUGCUAAUAUUACUGAUGGAACUAGUGGACCCAAACCAAUAGUACGAGUGGCUGUAUCACCCACACGAUCAAAUAAAGAGAAUGAACAAUAUUUGCGAGAAUUUAAUAUAAGUCCUAAGAAACCGAAAGCCAGUAUAGAUAUUCCUGAGAGUCAAGGAAUUAAGUUUGUUAUAUAGAUUAGGAUAUUAUAGAAUGUAAAUGAGUAGUAUAUAUAAUUAACUUUAUUUAUGUGUAUGUGUAUAUAAU